GGCACGGCCGAGCCGGGAGGGAGCGGCGCCGGGUGGGGGUGCGGCCGGGGAGGGCCCCCGAGCGCUGCAGCCCCGCGUUUCCCCCUUCCUCUACCCCCGCACCAACGUCCCUGCGGGCCCGCAAGCUCACGCACGGGCAUCCCUAUUCCCUGCAUCUCGGUGUUCCCGCAUCCACGCCUCCCCGCAUCCCUCCAUCACCGCAUCCCUCCGUAACCCCACCCCAGGGCUGAAAAUCCUUACCCUACCCAGGAGGGGAGCAGCGGGGGCAGCAGACGAGCGCGGGGGGGGGGGCCGCCCAGCCCCGCACGCAGCGCCCACCGUGCCCGCAGCCGCCCCGCGCCGGGGAUGAGGGAGCGCCGGGGGGGAUACGGCUCCGCCGAGCAGCCACGCCGCAGCUAACGGCACCAUGCCUUCCUCCAAGACGGAUGGUGAGUAUUGGAUCGAUGGAUCCCACCGUGAGGCCGCCCUGGAGGACUUCUACGUCGUGGGCCCCGAAUUGGGACGGGGAGCCACCUCUGUGGUGUACAGCUGCGAGGAGAAGGGCACACGUACCCCAUAUGCUGCCAAGAUCCUGAAGAAGACAAUUGACAAAAAGAUCGUGAGGACGGAGAUCGGGGUCCUGCUGCGCCUCUCACACCCCAACAUUAUCAAACUGAAGGAGAUCUUCGAGACGCCCUCGGAGAUCGCGCUGGUGCUGGAAUUGGUGACGGGAGGAGAGCUCUUUGACAGGAUCGUGGAGAGGGGGUUCUACAGUGAGCGGGAUGCAGCCCACGUGGUCAAGCAGAUCCUGGAGGCGGUGUCGUAUCUGCAUGAGAAUGGAGUGGUGCACCGGGACCUGAAGCCGGAGAACCUGCUGUAUGCAGACCUGUCCCCCGAUGCGCCCCUAAAGAUCGGUGACUUCGGGCUCUCCAAGAUCGUGGAUGAGCAGGACACCAUGAAAACUGUCUGUGGGACGCCGGGGUACUGUGCCCCUGAAAUCCUGCACGGCUGCCCCUAUGGCCCUGAGGUGGACAUGUGGUCGGUGGGCGUCAUCACCUACAUCCUGCUCUGCGGCUUCGAGCCCUUCUUUGACCCACGUGGGGACCAAUACAUGUACAGCCGCAUCCUCACCUGUGACUACGAGUUCGUGUCCCCAUGGUGGGAUGAGGUUUCCCUUAACGCCAAGGACCUGGUCAGGAAGCUGAUCGUCUUGGAUCCCCAGAAGAGGCUGACAGUCUAUCAGGCUCUGGAGCAUCCCUGGGUCACCGGGAAAGCCGCCAAGUUUGCCCACAUGGACAGCACGCAAAAGAAGCUGCAGGAAUUUAACGCCAGGAGGAAACUGAAGGCUGCCAUGAAAGCCGUGGUGGCUUCCAGCCGCUUGGGCAACCACGGCCAUCACGACUGCUCCAGGAGCCGGGGGGGUCCCCGGGGGAGGGAGAGCACCGAGGCCACCUCUGCAUCCGAGGAGUUGGAGGCGUUCCCUGCUGUGCCCACCGUGCCCGUCAAUGGGGCGAGCUGCAGGAGCUGACGGUGCCCGGCUCCCAGCGGCACUGCGGGGGCUCUCGGGGUGGCCGUGGGGAUGGCAGCGUGGGGUGCAUCCCUGCUUGGUGUCGUGGUGCCGCCGUGGCUGUGUGUCCAUCCCCACCCUGCAGGGAAGCAGUGCUGGCGACUCCGUCUUCCAGCAACUCAACAGCUUUGGCUGCUGUGGCGUUAUGGGGGCGCCCCAACGGCUUAAAAACGAGGAGCAAACAGCAGAAACAAAAGGGUUCCUUUCCCCUUCCCAACAAAGGCAGCCAGUUAUCUGUACAACAGAGUUCUGUACAUAGCCCUCAAAAGGCAUCACUGCAGAGGGGAGGGGUGGCCAGCAAUGUGCGCUCAGCCUCCGGCCCCAUUGCACCCACCAACCCCACUGCAGAGGGGGGGGAUCGGACCCCCCUUCCCCCCCCCCCAAAACGUCUGCCUGCAGCUCCUCGGUGUCUUUAGGUGGUAGAUGAGCUCUGUUUGAUUCGUGCUUUCGUGACACUCCGGUUCCAUUCGUUCUGGUGUUCAGUCUCGGUGUGCUGUGUGGGAGUCGUAGGGCUGUCAGUGGGGAGUGCUGCCUCCGUUGCAUUCCAGGUACGGCUGACGCAGGUUUUAAUGGGGAACAAUGCAAUUAUUUCUGCGGAGCAGUGUCAGACUUUGUAACACGUAACGGUGCUGUUGUUUCUUCAUUGGGGGCGAUGAGUUUAUACGCAUUUCCGUUUGGUUUUUUAAGACUAACGAAACCCGGGGACAAACUUCUCGAAAUGAGAUCUUUUUUUUUUUAGGCGUUUAUUUACCAAUCCAUCUGUGUGGAUUUUAAUACAGAACCAGAAAUGAGACAGGAAAAGCCAUACUGCGUGCGCUGGAGAGGAGGGACUACACAAUAAAGAUACAGCUUUGCUUAAGCUGAGAGCUGCAACUGCAGACCCGGGGCUGGGGAGGGUCGGUUGGGGGAUGCAGGAAGGGAAAUGUAACACAGCGACUUUUGUACCUAUUUACAGCACAAACAGAAAUCCUAAGGAUGACAGUAAGGGCUGAUCCAUGCUUUAUUGUGCUCGUUUGUGUUUGGGGUGCCCAUAAAGCCAAUACAGAGGAGGGAUCGGAUGUCAACGGCACGAGAGAACGGACAAAGGAAAUGAUGUUCCUUUUGCUUUGUUGUUUCCUCUCUUCCUCCCCCUGCUUGAACACAGAGGGCAGAACAGAGUGCUGUGCUGAGCUCUGCUCUCCAUCCUGUGGGUGUGCAAACCCCAUGGAAGUGCCCAUUCACAACAACGGGGCCUGAACUCCACGUCUGCUGUUUAUUAAAUCGGGUGUUAACAUUAAUUUAUACACUCUGACGUGAAAGAUAAGAUUUCAACAUCGUGCAGGAGGAGGGCAGAGGGAGCUCAGCACUGGGGAAGGGACAUUGCUCUGCCCUCAGACUGCUCCUGGUGGCAGAAAACAAAGCAUCGCUGGGUAAUAAAACAUCACCCUAGGAGGACAUCCCAGGGGGCGUAGCCAGGAAAAUAAAGGGGUUUGUCUCUUCUGUCAGCAAAGUAUUAUUCCACAGAGAUCUGUACUUGGAGGUAGGGAAAGCAGUGUCAAUCCUAUGGGUGACGCCAUGUCGGUCUGUAUGCUGUUUUCAGGACGUGUUUUAAUAACUGAUUUCUUCGGUCUAGUGGUUACAUUUUCAAUAUCGCAGGUAUUUAUAAAGGAGCAUAGACAGCGAAUAAAAUAUAUAACACCGUUAA